CGACUCUCUCAUCCAAAAAAAACUCAAAACCCAUCUCAAAACCACCCAAAAUCAUCAAAACCCUAUUCAAAACAAGCCAAAAAUCACACAAAAUACUCAAAAAUACACUAAUAUGUAUGCACAAGAGUCCACGGCGGUGAGUUUUCCGGCAAUAUUCGCCGGGGACUUUCCGGUGUAUCGCCGCAGCUCAAGCUUCAGUAGUCUCAUCCCCUGCUUGACAGACACAUGGGGUGACUUGCCGUUAAAAGUUGACGACUCUGAAGACAUGGUCAUAUACGGGUUUUUGCGUGACGCCGUUAGUGUUGGCUGGACGCCGUCAAAUCUAACGGUGACGGACGUUAAGCCCGAGCCUAGAGAUGAAAUUGAGCCGGCUACCACUACGUCGGCUCAAUUGACGGAGCCACUGCCACCGGUGAAGGCUGAGCUAGUGGUGGCGCCGCCGAAGGGGAGGCAUUAUAGGGGAGUGAGGCAACGGCCGUGGGGAAAGUUCGCUGCGGAGAUAAGAGAUCCGGCUAAGAACGGCGCGAGGGUUUGGCUUGGAACAUACGAGACAGCCGAGGAAGCCGCUCUGGCUUAUGACAGAGCAGCUUAUAGGAUGCGUGGCUCAAGGGCUUUGUUGAAUUUUCCUCACCGGAUCGGCUCCAAUGAGCCGGAUCCGGUGAGGAUAACGGCAAAGAAGAGGUCCCCCGAGCCAUCGGUGUCGGCUUCUUCAGCUUCGGAGAGUGGCUCACCGAAGAGGAGGAAGAAAGGGUUAGCUGCUGAGCAAGCCGAGGUGGAAGUGGAGAGCCAAUCAAAUGUGUUUCAAGUUCCGUGUCAGAUGGGACAAAUGCCACUUGGCGAGCAACUGUUGGUUAGUUAAUUUUUGGAUGGUUGGUGAGGCGUGUGAUAGGCUAGGACUUGGUUUUGUUUGGUUGUGUGUGCAAUGUAAAUGUAAAGGAAAAUGUUAUAAAUUUUAAAUUUUUUAUUAAAUAAUUGAUCAAAUGUUUUAUAUGAAUGUGUGAUUCAUAAAUUACAGAUUUCACAUUUAUAUAAGAUAUUUGAUAAUUUAUUUGGUAGAAAAUUUGGUAUUAUUAACAUUGCUAAGAUGUAAAUACAGAGAUGAGUUCUGAAAAACAAAAUUGUUAAUGAAAAA